AUUUUGAUCUGUCAAAAUUCAAUGGCAGAACGUUUGUUGUCAUAGUAUGAGAGUAAAAUUAUGAAGGGUUUUCCUGUUACAAUAGAAACUAAUCAUUUUUUGCAUAUAAGUUAAUAGAAACUUUUAGGUCCUACAAAUACAUGAUAACAUCCAAGAUGCCUUCACUACGGAUCGACCAAAACGACUUGAAGUGCAAGAAUGGAUGUGAUUAUUUUGGCAACCCACAAUGGCAGGGGUACUGCUCGAAAUGUCACAGGGAACAGAUGCAGAGGCAAAGAAAAGCAGAGAAAGCCUCAUCGUUUACAUCGACUCUUCCUAGAUCGGACCAGAGGAAGUCCGAACGCGGCCUCAAGUUGUCCUCGCACGCGUCCUUCUCGAAGUUCGAAGAGAAGCGCCUGCGACAAAGCGAAACGCUCAAGAAGACUAAUCUACUGAAGUUUAACGUGUUCAAGAAGAAUAUUACAGAUGACCAUGAAAUCUCAACGGAAAGACGUCAGCCAGAGUUUAAGAUUCCGACCGCAGUGUUCGAAGGUAUGAAGGCAGACUUCCGGGUCCGCUUUCCCUCGUUUCCCCCCCAGAUAGACCGGGACGCUAGGGGCUUCGUUCACACCUUCAUCCUGGAUGUCAUAAAAUGGGCUGCUAUAAUGAAUGUGGACGAGCUCUCGGAGAGGGUGCAGAAGCAGUACCAGCGCUUCAUGAAGCACAUGGAAACGUCGCAGCACUACGCAUCUGUAGACUCGGACGCCAGAGAGCUGCUCAUAGAUUUCGUCGAGAAACACGCCAUGACCUACUUACAUGAGUUGCCGUCUAUAGUGUUUUCGCCGAGUGGAACCGAUGACGAACGCCAGGACCGCGCCAUGUCGGAGCGGAUACAGCAACUGAGCUGGGUGGGGGAAAAGCACCUCGAAUGUAAACUGGACAGGAACAAUGCUGAAUGCCGACGGUUGCUCUACAAGGCUAUAAGCGAGCUGCUGGGUAUGGACGCGGCGCGCUGGUCGGGCGCCAAGCUGGCCCGCGUGCGGCGCUGCGCCCGCCACGUGCUGCGGCUGGCCGCGCCCGCGCCCGCCUCCGCCGACGACCUGCUGCCCGCGCUCAUACUCGCCGUCCUGAAAGCCAACCCGCCACGUUUGAUAAGCAACAUUAAUUACGUGACCCGCUUCUGCAACGCCCAGAGGCUGAUGACCGGCGAGGGUGGCUACUACUUUACUAACUUGUGCUGUGCGGUGUCGUUCAUCCAGAAUAUGACGGCGGAGUCUCUGAGCAUGGACAAGAAGGAGUUCGACUGCUACAUGGCGAUGCCGGCCUCCAUAGGCGGGAGUGCCUGGGCGGCCGCGCUGUCGCUGUGCGGCGCCACACGCGAGGCCGAGGAACAGAGCGCUCUAGCAGCGAAACUUCUAGAACAGACCAAAGAGAUACAGAGGGAGGCCGAGAACAUGGCGAACAACGCGGCUACAUUUGAGGAACAAAUCGCGAAGAAAGUUCAAGACGUUUUAGCAAAGACCCCACUGGAGAUCAAACCACGGCGAGAACUGCCGCGUCUCAGACGCGAGGGCGUCGGGUCCGCGCCGCCGCCCACCACCGAGCCCGGCCCGGCGCGGACCUCAGAACCGCCAGCGCUGCUCAACGAGCCGAGCGUAGUCAUCGACGAAACCGAAAAACUAAACAUCUUAGGCUUCGAAGUGGUCGAGGAGCGGUCGCCGUCCAAGUCGCCGCAGCUGGACCGCCUCUCCGACCUCAAACAGAGCAGUUCAACGGAACUACUGACCCCAUCCCCGAUGGUCCUCACUCCGUUCGACUGCAGGUCCCUAGACGAGGUGCUGACCCCGGACGAGUUCCCGGACAACAUCCCCGGACUGAGCGACGUCAAUUAUGACAUAGACCUGUCAGAUUUCAGCGCGGAUACCAGUCUGGCGGAGGACCCCCCCGCCCCCGACCGCCGAAGGACCUUCGAUCCAUUCGCGCCUCAGACCUCAAAAGACUCGUACAAGUUGCUGGAGUCCUUUGAUGAAUUUAGCAUCGUGGAUAACGCGCGCGAGUCGGACCCCUACGAGGUCGUGCACAGGCCGGACCCGUUUGGUUCUGUUUUGGACAACGAUGAGGGUAGAGCGUCCAUUCUGGACGACAGCGGUUCCCCCACGGCCGCCUGCCUGCUGCCCUCACCGAUACAGCCUCAAAACAGCGCGAAGCCAACUUAGUUAAUUAAACAAUCAUUUUUAUUUAAAAAUAUUUAAAAUCCCUCAGCUUAGAAUGGUUUAGUUGAGUUUCUCCUCCAAAUGUAAAUUUACUGGUGGUAGCACCUCUUGUGAGUCCGCGCGGGUAGAUACCACUGCUUAUUUCUGCCGUGAAGCAGUAAUGCGUUUCGGUUUAAAGGGUGGGGCAGCCGUUGUAACUAUACUUGAGACCUUAGAACUCAUAUCUCAAGGUGGGUGGCGCAUUUACGUUGCAGAUGUCUAUGGGCUUCAGUAACCACUUAACAAAAGGUUGUGUAGCGAAGGGGGCCCGCAUUCUGGUUCGAAGAUUUGGACACAGUUGCACAACAAACCCCCAUAUCAGUUCAGCAAUGAUCAUGCAUUAUUUUUUGAGCUUCGACAACAACUUAAUAAUAUUAGGUAUGCUGUGAGCUCAUAUUCUUUUGUAGACCAAAAAAAUAUGCUACCAUUAUUUCACGUUGCCUACUUGCAUCAGAGCGCAAUGUACCAUCGCUUUAUUUCUAUGGACAAACAGACAUACCUCCAAAACAUUAAAUAUUCAGUGAAGUACUUUUAUAAGUCUCACAAAUCCAAUUGUGAUUGUUAAUUAAAGAUUAAUUAUUAAAGAUGAGAUCCUUGAUAAGUUCAAAGCCAAAGUCGAUAAAGUCUUAAAUGAAUAUUUACUAUUUGAAUUAAUCGCCUUUCGUUCAGCGGAUCCUAGAUACUGUUACAUCUAAAUAAUAAAAUAUGAACCCACAUUUUCAACAUAUUUCUAUUGUUUUUUUUUUUUGGGAAUUCAAAAUGUUGCCUUAAAUAGAGACCGCAAUCUUGUGCGUGUUAAGUAGUGCCGAAGAAAUUACGCGUUUGAAAAGUUAUGACAAUUGUUGUACAAUACAGUUGAGAUUUGAAUCUGCGUCCUUAGAGUGAGUUUUUUAACGUUCUCGAUAGCGUAAACGUUAACUCAAAUUUGUAGAGUUGGAAGGUUUGCCGCUAGGGGCGCUGUUCCAACUGCAUACUAAUUUGAGUUAACUUUUACGUUAUCGAGAGCGUUAUAAAACUCACUCUUAAGUACAUUGGUAUCUUAUAGGCGACGGCGGCCAUAUUGCUGUCUCUGAUGGCUGGUUGUAACCGAUCAACAAAGAGUCCGUGGGAUAAAACAGAAAAAACAAUGGUCCCUUAUAUAGGUGAUAUUUGUUUGAAUCCUAUUGUUAUUUAUUGCAAUUAUAUAUUAUUUUUUUUAGUUUUAAGGUUGUAUAUGUAAUUUGAAAAUGAAUUUAACGUUGUUCUGUCAAUUUACCUUUUGUAAUGUCGUUCAUACGUAAAGAGCAUGUUGGAUGAAUAAAUUGGUUUUUGAAAA